AUGCUGCUCGAGGAGAAGAAAACUGACGAGGGCAAGACCGACACCAUGCUCGCAACCGUAUCCGGCAAGGAGGAUGACAUAGAGAAUGGCCACGUCUCUUCGCUGGACGAAGCCGAACUUUUUCUGCGAGAGCAUGGCAUUUCACACUCCCAGCUUCAGGAGAUGCUCGAUGACCCCGCCAAAUCUCGGAGAAUUAGAAGACGAGUUGAUAUGAUCCUUCUGCCUCUUCUCUGCGGUACAUAUGCUCUGCAAUAUAUCGAUAAGCAGGCUCUCGGCUACAGUGCAGUUUUCGAUCUUUUUAAAGAUGCCCACAUCAACAGUGAUGAGUAUAGCUGGCUCGCCAGCAUUUUCUACUUUGGUUACCUCUUCUGGGAGUAUCCUGCGAAUUUGAUUGCGCAGCGACUUCCUGUCGGAACGGUCAUCUCAUGCUUUGUUAUCGCUUGGGGAGCCAUUCUCAUGAUAACGGCCGCCUGCAACAAUUUCACCGGCAUGGCGAUCUGCCGCUUUCUCCUCGGUUGCUUUGAAGCCCCGAUUACGCCCUGCUUCAUGAUGAUUAUUGCCAUGUGGUAUCUGCGGCAGGAACAGCCCUUCCGGGCUGGAUGUUUCUAUUGCUGCAAUGGCAUUGGAUCAAUGCUCGGUGGCCUGAUAAGCUUCGCUAUUGGCCAGCUAAAUGGAUUUCCUGUCUGGAGAGCAGUGUUCCUCAUCUGCGGCGGCGUGACAGUGCUCUGGGGAGGCAUUUUAUUGCUUUUCCUUCCAAACAGCAUUCUCUCCGCGAAGCGAUUCACGAUCGAAGAAAAGAUACUGCUUAUUGGAAGAGGAAAGCAGAACCAGACGGGCAUUCUCAACCGCUCGAUAAAGUGGUAUCAGGUCCGAGAGGCUCUCAUCGACCCCCAAGUCUGGCUCGCGUUCCUUUUCGUCCUGCUCAAUGAGACCUGCAACGGAGGUGUGGCCAAUUUCGGCAAACUCAUCAUCAAAGGCCUGGUCUCUAGUCCUCUCCUGGCAACAGCCCUAGGCAUCCCACAAGGAGCCUUCCAGGUCUUCUUCAUCCUUUCAGGAACCUACCUCUCCUCGCGAUUCAAGAACAUCCGCACAAUCAUCAUGGUCAUCUACCUCCUCCCCACCGUGAUAGGCGUGUGUCUACUGUGGCAGCUACCCAGAACCAAUCGCUACGGAGUCCUCUUCGGCUACUACAUCAUCGGAUCAUACGUCACAUCCGUCGUCCUCUGCCUCCAAAUGCCCUCGAGCAACACAGGAGGCUACACCAAACGAGUUACCGCAACCGCCCUCGUUUUCCUCGCAUACUGCGUGGGAAACAUCGUCGGCCCGCACGCCUUUCUGGCGAAAGAAGCACCCGUCUACGAGACCGGGUGCAAGCUCAUUCUGGCGUGUGUGUUGGGUCAGAUGGCGUGCACGGUAGCCUUGCGGGUGUUGCUGAUCAGACGGAAUAAGCGACGAGAUGCUGAGGGCGUGGUCGGGCCACAGGGAGACGCAGAUGAGCAGGUUCUGGCGGAUUUGACGGAUUUCGAGAACCCUCGUUUUCGAUAUGUUUUGUAG